AUGGCACCUACACAGACAUCACAGCCAAACCGUGAAGAGCGACGAAGAAUCGCGGAAUCUACCCUCGAGGCGCUUGAACGAGGCUCAUACACGCUUGACGGCGUAUCAUACUCCCUUGCGGCUGCGAAAGCUCUAGCAGUUGAGGAUACGCGAUACUAUGCCCCGGAUAGUUUUCUGGAUUCAUGGAAGACCAUGCUCCCUGACGAACCUCGAUCUAGUCCCCCUACGUUCUCUGUCAUAGAGAUCUCGACUCUCGAAGGCGCGCGACUGCUACGUGAGCAAACCCCGGCCGAGGAGCGCAUAGGCAUUCUGAACUUCGCUUCCGCCAAGAAGCCUGGAGGUGGUUUCCUGAGUGGGGCGCAAGCGCAAGAGGAGUCCAUUGCGCGCUCCUCUACCUUGUACCCGUCUCUCAUGUCGUCCAACGGCCAACAAUUCUACAAGAAUCAUAAGAAGCCCGGGGGUCAGAAAGGCGGAUACUACUCGCACGCCAUGAUCUACACUCCCGGUGUCGUCCUCUUUCGAGCGGAUGACGGAAAGUGGCUGGAACCUUUGGAGGUGGAGUCUGUCACGAGCGCGGCUGUGAAUGCCGGCGUGGCUCGCAAUACGCUCUUUGGUCGCGUUGGAGGACAAUCGGAGGAAGCUCGUAUCGCGGAGGCUAUGAAGGAGAGGAUGGCAAGAAUUCUCUUCCUGUUCGAGCAACAGGGUGUACGGAAUGUGGUCUUGGGCAGUUUCGGAACGGGGGUCUUCAAGAACGACGUUCGGACGGUUGCGCGUCUCUGGCGGGAGCUGCUGAAGGAGGACGGCAACCGCUUUGGACGGAGUUUCGAACGAGUCAUGUUCGCCAUCAUCGGGAAGCAAACCUACGAUGAUUUCAGGCAUGAAUUCGAGAAACCCUAGGAGAGAUGGGACGGUUCAGCUAGCAGCGACACAGACCGGCAAGAUAUGCAUGAGGAUAUUGCUACCAAUGCCCGAUGCAGCGCAAUCUGUGAGCCUCUAGUAAUCCCUGGCAUACCGGCAUCGGCCGUUGGAUGCUAUCAAGGGCUGCGAGGCCAGCGCGCGGCUUGGAUACUCCUGGAGAAAUUCGCAACGACUGUUCGGGGAGCUACGGACAAUCUGACGAAGUGGUAAUAGUUGCCACCUUCGGCCUACCAAAUCACCCUGAAUGUAUCAGUGCGCGAAGGUGAAGUACGUCAAUAAGACAACAUAGUUGUGCAAUGACAAUCUACGGCCAUACAAGAGCCCGAGUGUACUACAUGUUAUAGCCUGCCUGUAGAUCAAGUCUAAU